AUGGCUUGGCGUGGUGCAGGAUCCCUCUCUCGCUCCGUCAUGUCUGCCGCCAGAGCUCCAUCGCUCCGCACCCCUGCGCCUAUGCCUCGCGUCCGUCUCCGUACUUCCUCAGCUCCCCGCCUUCAGUCACGCCGUCUCUCCUUCGCCCCUUCCAGGAAUUUGGGAGAAUUGGGAUGUGUCCAGUCGUUCUUGCCUCUACAUAACUUGGUUCCCAUGGCUUGUCUUACUUCGCAUCUUACUGUUAACGUGCGGGCUUGUUGUGAGCUGUCUCAUGGGAGGAAUGGAAAAGAUGGGUGAUGCACGUGGACUUUCGAUCAGCCAAAGGAGAGAAUGAUUCCACCUUGUACUUGAAAGGCCAUGGAUUAGCACUGCUGAGUGCAACAAGCGAAUUGAGGGAGUCCAAUAUUAGUUUGUCCUGUGGGGGUCAGAGGCUAGGUACUCUUACCAUAAAUUAUCCAAAAAAAAAAAAAGGUUAGGUUUUAUGCUACUGCCAGGAAAAACCUUUAAUUUUUAAUUUUCUUAUAUGAUCGACCUGUAGGUACUUUAGUUGCUCUUAUUGAUCAAUAACUCCAUUUUUGUGAUGCAUGGUAUUGGUAGCUUAACGAAACUGUUUUUUAGGAAUUUUCAAUGUAUGAUUUUGCACAUAA